GACGUCCUCGAUCGCAUAGCCGAGAAAGCCAGCAGUAUCCCGGAAGAAGUCGGUCGCGAUGCCAAGGCAGUUGCUGGUUUGCAACGCAAACACGCAACGUUCGAAUACGAAUUAUCCCGUCUCGGUUCGCAGGUUGAGGGUCUGAUUGAAGCGGCUAACGCUUUACUACCGUCCUACGCAGCUGACAAAGAGAGACUAAUUUGUGAUCGUCGCGAUGAAGUUAUUCACGCUUGGCGUCAGCUUCAGUGCUCCACAGAACAACGCAAAGUUCAUCUCCUGGACGCAGCGGAUGUUCAUCGGUUCUUUGCCAUGGUUCGAGAACUCCGCAUGUGGAUGGAAGUCAUGCGAACUGAAAUGGCCACCAAAGAGAAACCGAGGGAUGUUUCUGGUGUUGAGUUGCUGAUGAAUAACCACAGGAGCCUCAAGGCUGAGAUCGAUGCCCGUGAGGAGAACUUCAGCAUUUGUUUGAGUCUUGGUCGUACACUGCUCAACCGAAGACAUCCUCGGGAGGAAGAUGUUCGUGAGAAGUGCAUACAAUUGGUCACUGAGCGCAUUCAGCUCUCAGAUCAAUGGACAGAACGAUGGGAAACACUGCAACUUCUACUGGAAGUUUACCAAUUCGCUCGGGAUGCUGAAGUGGCUGACGCUUGGCUGAUGGCCCAAGAACCGUACCUAGCCAGUAAAGAUCUUGGUGAAACUCUAGAUGAGACACUGGCUUUGUUGAAAAAGCAUUUAGCCUUCGAACGCGCGGCUGCUACCCAAGAAGAACGAUUCCUUGCACUACAGAAAUUGACUACCGUGAGUUGCAUUGAAUAA